AUGGCCCCUGAAGCAGAGAAGAAGGAGGAGAUCAUGAAGGUGCAAAUAGCCGGCAAAUCCCAUGUCAAGCCCAACAAGAAACUAGGAAGAAGGGAAUGUCAAUUGAUCACUUUUGAUCUUCCAUACAUAGCAUUUUACUACAACCAGAAGUUGUUAGUUUACAAGGGAACUGAGUACGAGGAUAUGGUGGGGAAGCUGAAAGAUGGGCUAGGAGUUGUCUUGGAAGAUUUCUAUCAACUGGCAGGGAAGCUAGGAAAAGAUGAAGAUUGGGUGUUCAGGGUAGAAUAUGAUGAUGACAUGGAUGGUGUGGAGGUCUUGGAGGCCAACGCUGAGUGGAUCAGCGUGGAGGAUCUAACGGUUGAGGAGGGUACCUCCACUUUGAAGGAGCUCUUACCGUACAAUGGGAUCUUGAACUCUGAGGGCCUCCACAGACCAUUGUUGUCCGUGCAGCUAACCAAGCUAAGAGAUGGACUAGCAAUGGGGUUGGCCUUCAACCAUGCCAUUCUUGAUGGGACCUCCACGUGGCACUUUAUGAGUUCGUGGGCUCAGAUCUGCAGUGGGUUGCCUUCAAUCUCUGUCCUGCCUUUCCUGGACCGCACCAAAGCGCGAAACACUAAAGUCAAGCUCCAACUCUCUCCACCAGAACAGGACCCAUCAUCCAACGGCGCUAUUGAUCCACCACUCAGAGAGCGAGUCUUCAAAUUCUCUGAAUCAGCAAUUGACAAGAUCAAGUCAGAACUCAACUCGAACCCACCAUCAGACGGCGCAAAACCAUUCUCAACUUUUCAAUCACUUUCUGUCCACAUUUGGCGCCAUGUAACCAAAGCACGUCAGCUUAAACCCGAUGACUGCACAGUUUUCACUGUCUUUGCCGACUGCCGCAAAAGGGUCGACCCACCGAUGCCGGAAAGCUACUUUGGCAAUCUGAUUCAGGCGAUAUUCACGGCGACUGCUGCCGGGUUGUUGUCCGCGAACCCACCUGAGUUCGGAGCUUCCCUGAUACAAAAAGCCAUUGAAAUGCAUGAUGCUAAAGCCAUUGACGAACGCAACAAACAGUUCGAGAGUUCACCCAAGAUAUUUCAGUUCAAAGAUGCUGGUGUUAACUGCGUUGCUGUUGGGAGCUCACCAAGGUUUCCAGUUUACGAGGUGGACUUUGGGUGGGGAAAGCCAGAGACGGUGAGGAGUGGAAUCAAUAACAGGUUUGAUGGGAUGGUGUAUUUGUACCAAGGGAAGAGUGGUGGAAGGAGCAUUGAUGUUGAGAUUAGCUUGGAAGCUGCAGCUAUGGAGAAGUUGGAAAAGGAUAAGGAGUUCCUUCUGGAGGUCAACUGA